AAAACGAUUUCCUGUAAACAGAAAUGGGUAGUACGAAAGAAAUCAAAAUGGCCAAAAAUAGUUGCUCUGAUUUUGUUCUUGUAGCUCUUCUGUUUUUUAUGGUUGUCCUCAUGUGUUCGGGUACUGCUAGUGCUAUUCAAUGCAAGUCCGGUGAGAGAUCUGCGUCUACAGUCACUCCUGUUUGCCUCACUUGUAUACCUCAAUGUGCACUUGCAUGUCCCUUCGGCAGCUCAAUUACCAGCACCAACUGUCGUUAUCAGCUUUUUGCGUUGCCUUUAUGUGAGUGUUGCUGUAAGAUGCCAAUGCCAUCUCCUCCCCCACCAUCUCCAUCACCCCCACCCCCAUCUCCACCACCACCAUCCCCACCCCCACCAUCGCCUCCACCACCGUCCCCAUCUCCACCCCCACCAUCACCGCCACCGCCACCUCCUAGCUGCACGCAAGAAUGUCCAUAUGAGAUGGAGUACUCAGUGUCACCUGACCAGCAGCCCUGCAGAUAUGUGCUAGCUUAG